UGUAAUGAUACUCCGUACUACUGCCAAGAUGCGUGUAACGGCGUGGAUGAUGGUGAUGGCGUGUAGCAUGGCGUGGGGAAGCGUGGCUGGACAGCGCGCGCCAUGUUACAAGUGUGAGAUGUAUAAGGACGCUCAUCCACACUCCAACCCGUACAUAGCCAUCCGCGCCCACUGUGUGUACCCGUGUGGGUGUGGGGGUGUACCAGACUGUGACGUGGACGUGCGGGUGGUGAUAGACGGGUGUGGAUGUUGUUGGCAGUGCGCCCGUCAGUUGGGACAGCCUUGUGACGGUGCCACCUUGUGUGACCUGGCACUGGGUCUUACCUGUCACUACAACUCUACUGCGGAUCCCACUGGCACUUGUCAAGAGGUACGGCCGGCCAAAUGUACCGUCAACAACCGUACCUACGACCACGGCCAGACCUUCACCCUUGACUGCCGCACCCAGUGUACCUGCCAGAACGGGACGUACGCGUGUGUGUCACUGUGUCCUAGUGAGAGCAUCCUACCAGGCCAACAGUGCCACAACCCACACCUGGUGACAGUGCCAGGACAGUGCUGCAGGGAGUGGAUGUGUGACAGAGAUCCAGAGACACAUUCUCACGUAGUUAUCUCUGCACACCAGAGAGCACAUUCACGUGCCAUUCCCCACACCACAGAGAGCACAUUCUCACGUGCUGAGCCCACACCAGAGAGCACACCCCACCAUGGGCCCAGGUGUAUCAUACGCCGUCUUCUGUAA